CUUUGGGUUCUGCAUUUGAUGAUAACUCUGCUACUACUUCAGAGUGCAAUUGUUCAAGCAUAUUUGAACGAAAAAAAAAAUUUAGUCGUCUUGUUGUGGACACCAAUGCUCUUAUAAAAGGCAUUCGCUUAGAUUUUAUAGCUGAAAAACUUUAUACGGUAAAAGAAGUUUUAGAAGAAGUUCGUGAUCGAAAUUCUCGGCGUCUUUUGACAAUACAUCCCUACGAGUUUAUUAUUAGGCACCCUUCCUCUGUUGCUUUGAAAUCUGUACGCGAGUUUGCCCGUCAAACGGGGGACCUUAACAGUUUGUCUGUUGUGGAUCUUAAAGUACUAGCUUUGGUUUACACUCUUGAAUGUGAGUUGAAAGGGUCCGCGGAACACAUAAAAACUAUGCCUCUUAUUGAGGACAAAAAGGAUUUCCCUGAAGUUAAUUCUUCUGCUUUUGAUUAUAAACGCACAGAAAGUUAUUCAAACUAUAAAAACUAUAAAAAAGAACCAAUUCAGCAGGAAAAUAAAUUAACAGUUACUGCUGGUGGAGUUAUCGAAGAUAGGAAUGAUUUAAGCCUUGAAUCUGAAGACGAGACUUGGAUCACUCCUGAUAAUAUUGUUAGUCGGUCUUGCGCUUUUGAUGCUUUUGGCGACACGUGCGUGGAUGCUCACUUCAAAGACGUGGAAGUUGCCUGUUUGACAACUGAUUUUGCAAUGCAGAAUAUUUUAAUUCAAAUGGGCUUGCAUGUAGCCAGUGUUGACGGGAUGCUGAUUAAACGCGUGAAAACUUUUGUAUUUCGGUGCUACGCGUGUCACAGGACCGCUCAUGAAAAAGACAUUCAUUUCUGUCCGUUUUGUGGGAACAGCACUUUACAGAAAAUAUCUGCUAGUGUUGACGAGAAUGGCACUUGCCUUUACUUGUCUAACAGCCGUCUUAAUCUUCGGGGGAAGAAAUUUUCGAUUCCCCCGUUUAAAGGCGGAAGAAGUGCAAAUAACGUUAUUAUUAAAUCUGACCAAAAAGAAUACUUGAGAGCCAGAGCUUUAGCCAAAAAACAAGCUGAUAAAGUUCAUGUAUGGGGUGACCAUGCGCAGAGCUCGUUCCCUUAUAGCACUGCUCCCUCAAAAGCGGCUUUAAGUUUUACUAAACGAAAUCCAAACGAAGUUCGACGCACCGGUAACCGUAAAAGGAAAAACAGAAAAAUCUAACAACGAACCUUGAAUUUUUUUGUCAGUUUA